AUGCAGGUCAAUUCCGACCACAAUGAAAUAUGGGGCAAUUUUGCUAAUAAUACACGCGGGCAGCUUGAAGCAACCGGCGCUAAGAUAAUCGAUCUUGACUAUCUGAGUGAGAGUAGCAUUGCGGCUGCAGCAAAGACAUACGGCGAGGAAAAGUUCCUUUUCUGGACAGUUUCGGCUGCGCCAAAAACCGCAAAACCGGCAAUUGGGGCUGGUUUUGAUGACCGGAAACCAUGA